AUGGCAGACUAUGAAGAUGGCGGUGGCGGAUACGACGGUGGAGAUGACGCCGACGAGCCAGUGGACUUUGGCGCCGAGCCCGAAGGCGAGGAAAUAGAUCCUGACGCCCAGCAGGAUGGUGAGGGAGAGCAUGCGGAUGUUUUCGAUCAUGAACUCGGCGGCGAGGGCGAGGGCGGCGGCGAGGGGCAGCUGCGGCGGGAGCGGAUUACAACCCGAUACUUGACGAACAUGAACGCCCCCAUCAUGGUGGAUGCGGGGGACGAGACAGACCCACUAGAGAUCGCCAUGAAGGAGCUCAAGGAGAAGAAGAUCCCUUUCACCAUCCGCAGAUACCUGCCCGACGGCAGUUAUGAGGACUGGAAGCUGAGCGAGCUGAUCUUGACAGACAAGUGA